AUGGCCAAGAACCGCGGUGGUGCAGUAGGAGCCUACAGCAUCGGGAACACCAGAACUCCUGUCCUGGAAGAGGACGCGAAGCCGGCUGAGGGCACACGUGGGUUCAGCUCCCUCCGCGGCGUGGCUGGACCCGGUUCCCCUGAGCUGAGCGAGUCCCGGCCCCAGUUUGGUCGACAUGGGUCGCUCGGGGAAGUUGCCUCCGGUGUCUCGGCCAAGCUGAAGCGCUGGAAGAAAGGCCACAGCAGCGACAGCAACCCCGCCACCUGCCGCCACCGCCAGGCCGCUCGCAGCCGCUUCUUCAGCCGUCCGUCAGGAAAGAGCGACCUGACGGUGGAUGCCGUGAAGCUGCACAAUGAGCUGCAGUCCGGGACCCUGAGCCUGGGCAAAAGCCAAGCCCCUGAGACGGCCAUGGACCAGGAUCCGGAGCUGCCUUUCAGUGAGAAGUCCUCGGGCACAUUUCUGAGUGGCCUGUCCGACUGUACAAACGUCACCUUCAGCAAAGUGCAGCGCUUCUGGGAAUCCAACUCCGCUGCCCACAAAGAGAUCUGUGCUGUCCUGGCUGCUGUCACCGAAGUGAUUCGAUCCCAGGGAGGCAAGGAGACGGAGACUGAGUACUUUGCUGCUCUGAUGACAACCAUGGAAGCAGUGGAGUCUUCAGAGUCGCUGGCUGCUGUCGCUUACUUACUGAACCUUGUUCUAAAGCGUGUGCCCAGUCCUGUGCUCAUUAAGAAGUUCUCUGAUACCUCCAAAGCCUUUAUGGACAUCAUGUCUGCCCAGGCGAGCAGUGGCUCCACCUCUGCACUCAGAUGGGUCCUCUCCUGCCUGGCCAUCCUCCUGCGGAAACAAGACCUGGAGGCCUGGGGCUAUCCUAUAACCCUUCAGGUGUACCAUGGGCUGCUGAGCUUCACCGUGCAUGCCAAGCCCAAGAUCCGCAAGGCUGCUCAGCAUGGAGUAUGCUCAGUUCUUAAGGGCAGUGACUUCAUGUUUGGUGAGAAGGCCCCCGCUCACCAUCCUGCUGCUGUCUCCACUGCCAAGUUCUGCAUUCAGGAGAUUGAGAAGUCAGGAGGCUCCAGGGAGGCCACCACCACACUGCACAUGCUAACACUGCUGAAGGACAUGCUGCCCUGCUUCCCAGAAGGCCUGGUGAAGAGCUGCAGUGAGACUCUGCUUCGGGUCAUGACCCUGAACCAUGUGCUUGUGACAGCCUGUGCCAUGCAGGCCUUCCAUAGCCUCUUCCAUGCCAAGCCCAGCACAAGCACCCUGUCUGCAGAGCUCAACGCUCAGAUCAUCACGGCCUUGUAUGACUACGUUCCCAGUGAGAAUGAUUUACAGCCCUUGCUGGCCUGGCUUAAGGUUAUGGAGAAAGCCCACAUCAACCUGGUCAGGUUGCAGCGAGACCUGGGGCUGGGCCAUCUUGCUCGGUUUUUUGGAAGGGCAGUGACCUGUCUCCUGUCCCCUCAUUCACAAGUGGUAGCAGCGGCUACCCAGACUCUCAAGGAGAUCCUGAAGGAGUGUGUGGCUCCACACAUUGCUGACAUUGGCUCUGUGACCUCUUCAGCCUCAGGUCCUCCCCAGUACAUCGCUAAGAUGUUUAGGGCAGUGGAAGAGGGCCUGACAUACCGGUUCCAUGCGGCCUGGAGCUCUGUGCUGCAGCUGCUGGGUGUCUUCUUUGAGGCCUGUGGGAAGCAAGCCCAUCCUGUGAUGAAGAAGUGCCUCCAAUCGCUGUGUGACCUGCGUCUCUCCCCUCACUUCCCUCACACAACAGCCCUGGACCAGGCUGUGGGGGCCGCAGUGACCAGCAUGGGACCCGAGGUGGUGCUCCAGGCUGUGCCUUUGGAAAUUGAUGGCUCUGAGGAGACUCUGGAUUUCCCACGGAGCUGGCUGCUGCCUGUCAUCCGGGAUCACGUUCGGGACACGAGGCUGGGCUUCUUCACCACUUACUUCUUGCCCCUGGCCACCACUCUUAAGAGCAAAGCAAUGGACCUGGCCCAGGCAGGCAGCACAGUGGAGUCCAAGAUUUAUGACACACUCCAGUGGCAGAUCUGGACCCUCCUGCCUGGCUUCUGCACAAGACCCACAGAUGUGGCUGCCUCCUUCAAAGGCCUGGCACGGACAUUGGGCACAGCCAUUAACGAGCGCCCAGACCUGAGGGUCACUGUGUGCCAGGCCCUGCGCACUCUCAUCACCAAGGGCUGUGAAGCAGAGGCUGACCGUGCUGAAGUAAGCCGCUUUGCUAAGAACUUCCUGCCGAUCCUCUUCAACCUGUAUGGACAGCCUGUUGCAGCUGGGGAGGCGGCAGCCCCACGCCGUGCUGUGCUGGAGACCAUCAAAACUUACCUCACCAUAACCGAGUCUCAGUUGGUGAAUGGCUUCCUGGAAAAAGCCACCGAGAAGGUUCUUGAUCCUGCCAGCUCUGACUUCACCAGAUUGUCUGUCCUGGACCUGGUUGUGGCUUUGGCUCCACACGCGGAUGAAGCGGCCAUCAGUAAGCUGUACUCUACCAUCCGGCCCUACCUUGAGAGCAAGGUCCAUGGGGUUCAGAAGAAGGCCUACCGAGUACUGGAGGAAGUGUGCGCCAGCUCCCAGGGCCCCGCCGACCGCUUUGUGCAAAGCCACUUGGAUGAUCUGAAGAAGACUCUGCUAGACUCACUGCGGAGCACAUCCUCGCCUGCUAAAAGGCCCCGUCUGAAGUGCCUCAUACACAUUGUGAAAAAGUUGUCAGCUGAGCAUGAGGACUUCAUCGCUGCUCUCGUCCCAGAGGUGAUCCUGUGUACAAAGGAGGUGUCGGUGGGUGCCCGGAAGAACGCGUUCACUCUGCUGGUGGAGAUGGGCCAUGCUUUCCUGCGAUUUGGCUCCAGCCAGGAAGAGGCUCUGCAGAGAUACCUAGUCCUGAUCUACCCUGGACUUGUGGGUGCGGUUACCACAGUGAGCUGCAGCAUCUUGGCUCUGACCCACCUCUUGUUCGAGUUUAAAGGACUGAUGGGGACAAGCACAGUGGAGCAGCUCCUGGAGAAUGUCUGCCUGCUGCUGGCUUCCCGCACCCGUGAUGUGGUCAAAUCUGCUGGCUUCAUCAAGGUGGCCGUGGUGGUCAUGGACGUGGUGCACCUUGCCAAGCAUGUGCAGCUAGUGAUGGAAGCCAUCGGGAGGUUGUCAGACGACAUGCGACGGCACUUCCGGAUGAAGCUUCGGAACCUGUUCAUCAAGUUCAUCCGCAAGUUUGGGUUUGAGCUGGUGAAGGGUCUGCUACCUGCAGAAUACCACAAAGUCCUGGUCAACAUCCGCAAAGCUGAGACCCGGGCCAAGAAGCAUCGUGCCCUGAGCCAGGCUGCUAUGGAAGAGGAAGAAGAGGAGGAAGAAAAAGAGGAGCCUGUCCAGAGCAAAGGCGACAGCAUCGAGGAGAUUUUGGCUGACUCUGAGGAUGAAGAUGAGGAAGAGGAACAAGGCCAGAGCAAGGAGCAGCGGAAGCUGGCACGGCAGAGAAGCCGAGCAUGGCUGAAGGAAGGUGGUGGGGAUGAGCCCCUCAAUUUCCUGGAUCCCAAGGUGGCCCAGCGAGUCCUUGCCACCCAGCCUGGAUCCAGGCAGGGCAGGAAGAAGGACCAUGGCUUCAAGGUGAGCGCUGAUGGCCGCUUGAUCAUACGCGAGGAGGAAGAUGGCGACAAGGUGGAGGAAGAAGACGGCACUAAAGGGCAAGAUGAAGAGAUGAUUGAUGACUUGAUGGAAGAUGCUGGUGUCAGAAGUAAAAAGAAGCUUAAGCGGCAGAGGGAAGAUGAGGAGGAUGAGCUGGAGAUCCCGCCUCGGUACCAAGCUGGAGGCUCUGGCAUCCAUCGACCUGUGGCCAAGAAGGGUACGCCUGGAGCCGAAUACAAGGCCAAGAAAGCAAAGGGUGAUGUGAAGAAGAAGGGCCGGCUUGAUCCAUAUGCUUACAUCCCACUCAACAGAACCAAGCUCAACCGCAGGAAAAAGGUGAAGCUACAGGGACAGUUCAAAGGUCUAGUGAAAGCUGCUCAGCGGGGAUCCCAGGCGGGACACAAACUGCGCACCAGAAAGGAUCGUCGGCACUGAGUCCUUGGGGGGAAUGGAGCUGUUCUCUGCCACAGUCCAAGGCCCUUUUCCAGCCCUCAUGCUGUUUUAACACCAGCUCCAGGUGUGAGCCUUGCAAAACCUGGACAAAGAAGGACUCAUUGGAACCAGGACACCGUUCCUAGAAAGAUGCAUAGGAUUUGGAAAGUCCAAAUGUCCUUAGAAACAUUGUCAACAUCUGGGAGUGGAACCAUGUGACAUUGCUACCUCUGAGAGCCCCUGUGAGGUGCUCUGCUUUCUGCCCAAAGUGGCCAUGAGAGCAGAGUGGUGAUCAUGGUCUACAUGUGGAAGGUCUUCUGUAACCAGGCAUAGAAUAAAUGUGCAUGGCCAUGCAUCAACCCUGAAAA